UUGUGGGGGGGCACUUCACUUUACAUUAAAUUGUAAGUUAAUAACAAAUCAAUACGGCUCAUGCCGUUAUCUUUAAGAGCAUUGCUGCAUAAAUAAGAUCUAUUAAAUUAUAUAACAUGAUAUAUAAUAAUGUGAUAAAUAAUACAUAUAACAAAUGUUUUUUUAGUUGUUUUAUUUUGUAGGACCCUGAACCGGAAAAAGGAAAAAGUGGCCUGUUGCUAGGAUACAGGUGGCUAACAAAGCGGAGCAUACUCCAGGCAGAUUUAUUUUCUGAUAUAUUUCUUUAAACUGUAAAACACGUUUUGAAGUCUGUCCAUUUUAACUAUAGCUAGUUAUUUCACCUAAAGAAAUAAUAACUUUUAAAAAUGGAUGGGACAAUUAAGCUACCACAUGACCUGAAAGCUAAAGUGAUGCUAUGGACAGAUGUAAGCUACCAUGAUAUGGAAGAGAUCAACAAAAUGCAAUCCAUUCCCGAUCUGGAGAGUGCUCUGUGCAGUGUGCUUGGAGUUGACCUCCCUGAACCCAGAAAGGGAGUUCUUCUGGAGCUGUACGUUCAGACUGUGCUUUUCUGCAGAGAGCACAGCUUCAACAAAGAACAAACGUCUACUCUCUUGUCCAUUAUCAAGUCCAUUCAUGAAGCCAACGUAGAAACUCCACUCAAUAACUCGGAGCAGUGUUUCAAGUACUGCAGGGAGCUUCUGUUAUGCCACUCAGUCAGGCGGCCUCCGUUCAGCAUCAGCCUCUUCAAUGCUGAUGAGGUUAACCGUGUCUUAACAUACAUCCUCAACAACUACAUGAAACACUACAAGCUAUAUAAAUAUAUCUUUACCACACAGGUAAAUCUUGAUCUGUCUUUGAGCUACUCUGGGAUGCCGGAUAUUGGAUCCCCUACCGUGGAGGAUUCUUCUGCGCCAGGUGUUGAGAAUGAGACAGAGGCGGAAGAUGGGACGUCUCCUGAAACACAGCAAGCCUCCAUCGCGGCCCCAGCAGGAGCCACAUCUGAGCUGAAGGCGCUGAUAGAACAACAAGUCAGAGAGCAGAUGACGCUUGUGUCUGGGCAACUAGAUCAGCGGAUUAAAGUAAAAGCAUCUCAGCAAAACAGUGCUUUAGAUUACUCACAGAACAGCCACAAAGCCAAAAAAUAACACACUUUUUUUUUUGCCCCAUCUAGAUAUGCGGUAGAUUUUAAAAAAAGCACUCCUGCAAAGCAGCACGAUUAAAACAUUUGUUUUAUUGUCAAUAAAACCAUUUUUCUCCAUGUACAGCACAACAUACUUUAUACCUGCAUUUAUAUAAUUACAGAUUUUCUUUCCAAACAGGCACUUCCAGGAAAUCAAAAAAACGUAGUUCUCUCUAGAUGAAAGAAUGAACUGAGUUAGGAAUGGUGCUUGUUAGUUUUACAGUCGCAAACGAUGUUCACAGUUAGUCUUGAGUGGGUUUCCUGUUGAGGAAUGCUUGCAUGCACGAAACAUGACAGAAACACGCCAAACAUUUAACUUGAAUAUUUCACACAUGUGCCCCAGUGCUGACUCGUAAUACUGGCAUAUAUGUCAAUCUGAGCUUUAACGCAGCACUUCUAUGUACCUGUAUGUGUCUAAUAAAGGAGACUUAUUAUGCUUUUUCCUUAUUUUCUGCUGUCUUUGUAGUAUUGCAAUGUUAGGUGUUGUAUUAAAGUUUCAGGUAAUAAUGAAGAAAGUUGGCUUAAUGGUAGUGUGGCCUGAAGGUCUGCACUAAUGCGCAGUAAAAGACAUACAAGGGUUUUUAUAAACCGUGAAUCAUGCAAA